CCUUAGUGCGCUGUUCGCUUUUUGGUGUCGACGGAGAUUCAUCCAAGUACUGGGCCAUGCAGCUGGUAUAUCGCGAACUCGAUGCGGACAUUGUGCGGCGCACCAAUGCGGUGUUUCCGGCUCAGAACUGCUUUGUGGAGGUGCUACCCGAUCAGUUGAUCAUUCCCAGGAAAUAUGUUGAGCUGGGCGAAUCGAUACGAUCGCUGCCCGUGUACGAGGAUGACGUGUGGAUGAUAUCCUAUCCCCGCACGGGGUCAACCUGGGCACAGGAGAUGGUCUGGCUACUGGGUCACGAGUUGGACUAUGUGGCAGCUGAGCAGGACAUUCGGAUGCGGUCGCCACUCCUUGAGCUAUCGGCACUGUUCAGUACAGAUCAUCAUGAGAUGGUGGCUCAGGCUUUUGGCAACACCGUUGAGCUGGUUCGCAAUUUGCCACGGCCCCGCUACGCCCGCUCGCACCUUUCCUGGCAACUGCUGCCCGAACAGUUCGACACGGUGAAGCCCAGGAUUGUGUACACGGCGAGAAACCCCAAGGACCUUUGCGUGUCCUACUACCAUUACUGCAAGUUGCUGCACGGUAUCAGUGGGGACUUCGAACAGUUUGUGGAGCUGUUCCUGGGCGGCCACACACCCAUGGGCUCUUACUGGAAGCAUGUGUUGCCCUUUUGGAAGCGUAGCAACGAUGAGAAUGUACUCUUCAUCAAAUACGAGGACAUGAUAACCGAUCUUCCCGCCGUGGUUCGUCGCUGUGGCCGCUUCCUGAAUGCCACACAUCUGCUGAACGAGACCGGCAUGAAGCGCAUCUGUGAGCAUCUCACGUUCGACAAAAUGCGCCAAAACAAGGCAGUAAAUCUGGAAAAGGUGCUGCCCGCGUCCUCGACCAAAUUCAUACGCAAUGGGAAAAUUGGCGACUGGCGCCAUCAUAUGAGUGAGGAGAUGUCCGAGCGUUUUGAUGCUUGGAGCGAGCAGCAUGUACGUGGUUCUGGUUUAAGAUUUGACUACGAUUGAGCCCUGCACCUAUUAUUAGUACAUUAAAUAAUCAAAUCAUUAUUUCGUUAUUGAAGCUUAGUGUCUUCAGAUGACAUAUUUUAUUAGAUAUAUAUGUAUAUGUGUUAAGUUGAAAUACGAUUAAAUGGUAAUUCCUUCACAGAAGGAAAUUUUGA